AUGCACCGACUAGCACACGGAUGGAUCGGCCUGCUGCUGGGCAUAUCCACAGUUCAUUCCCAUGUCGGCUCUUCCUCUCCUGCCAUCCAGACGGUCGACUACAGCCAGCUCGUCAACAUCACCAUCAGCGACGAUCUCAUCCAGAUUCCGGCAGAGCACCAGACCAUGAUGGGCAUCCAGGCCGAGUUUGGCACUCCGAUCGACUACUCCUCCGUGGGCACAUUCCCACUGAUCGCCAUUGAUUCUGGCGCCUGCUACCCCUUCAACAUCGAUCUGCCGGCCAUCUCCACCCAAAAGGCUAUCCGCUGGGUCGCUCUCGUCGAGAGAGGGUCUUGCUCGUUCGAGGUGAAGGUUUGGAAUCUCCAGAAUGCCGGUUUCUCAGGUGUUCUCAUCUACGACCGCAUGGCCAUUCACCCGUCGGGCAAUAUGAAUGGGCUCCGAGGGCUCAUCCGGAUGAAGUCGCUUGGCAUUGCUGAAGAAAUCCACAUCUGGUCGGCCUUCCUUUCCCACUACCAAGGCACUAUUCUCCGCGAGGCAUACACGGCCGUGCGUCUGCUUGGCGAGUCUGAUGCCUUUCUGAUCGUGAGCAUCAGCCUCGGUCUCCGCCCCGAGUGGGUCCACGAGAACCUGUAUCAGCUCAACCCGCUCACCCACGGCGUCUACGAUCUGCUGAUCAAUUUACUGUUUGAGUUCCUGAUGAGCACCUGGAUCAUGACCUUUCUCUUUGGUCUUGGACUCCUCUGCCGCAACAUGUACUACUAUCGGCGACUGGCGUUUUACGUUUCCAGCGACGUUGUGCCGCCCGUGACAGUGGAGCUGACGAGCCUCGGAAUCCCAGUCAAGGUCCUGACCGAGCAAGAUCUGGGUCUGGCCGCAGAGCAAGCGAAUGGGGCCUCGGCACCGCCUGACGCUGCCUCUGCUCCUGCCACCAAGGUAUCGUCACCAGGCGGAUUCUGCACAGUCGUUCAGGACUCGUGUGUCAUCUGCAUGGACGACUUUGAGUGUGGGAAUCAUGUUCGGAGGCUACCCUGCCACCACAUGUUCCAUGACCAGUGCAUCAGCGAAUGGCUCACUCGACACACUCGGCUGUGUCCGAUCUGCAAGCAAGACAUCAUCAAGCUCUGCGAAAGCAUUGGAGACAAAUGUGGUGGUGACAGUGCGGACUCGGGGACAAUCCCAUUCUCUGCCAUGUACUCGUCCUCCUCGGCUCCGAACCAAUACAUCCCCAGCGAGGUCCGCCGUCUCCUCUCACGGCCCACCUUCAUGGGCAAGAACCACGGAGCGGCGAUCCGCAAGUGGUACGCUGGGGUGUUUUUCUUCUUCGACCCAGCCAAGAUGCUGUCACCUUUCGGAAAGGCGUGCUUUAGCGGCGAUCUGGAGCAGGUUCAUGCGGCUCUCUCUGCCGAGCCAAGUCCAUCCCUGAAUCGCAAGGAAUCCUUCCUCGACUUUUCCUACAUUUCUCUUGCUGUCCUCGGCCACACCAAGGCUCCAGCGCCCGGCCACGCCGCCGUCGUCCAGCUGCUGAUCGAGAAGGGAUGCUCUGUCGAUCUGCCCGAUGCCAGCGGCAAGACUGCCGUCUUUCUUGCCUCGACCAAGAAUCUUGACCUGGAGAUGAUCGAUAUCCUUGCCCAGAGCAACGCCAACCUGAAUCAUCGGGACAAGACAGGCAGCACCCCGCUCUUGGAGGCCAUCAAGCUUGGCAACACUGAGUCGAUUCGGUAUCUUCUGGCUCAUGGUGCCGGUCUGGACGUCGCCGAUGCCGAUAACGUCAGCCCUCGUUCUCUGCUGGACUCGGUUCCAGAGCCAGUCCAGGCGGUGCUGCAGGAGUUUGCCUGA